AUGUCCUCAUUAAGGAUUGUCCUUAAUUUCCAAGCUGGACUUGGAGUCCUGGCCAAUAUGUUUCUCCUUGUUUUCUAUACUUUAAUAAUCCUAGGUCACAGACCUAAGCCCACGGACAUGAUCUCCGGUCAACUGACCUUCAUCCACAUAGUGCUGCUCCUCACUGGAGGGGAUAUUUGGCUUAAAGAGAUAGUUGAGUCACUGAACAUUGACAAUGACUUCAAAUGUAAGACAACUUUUUACAUAAGCAGGGUGAUGAGAGGCCUCUCCAUCUGCAUCACCUGCCUCCUGAGUGUGUUCCAGGCUGUCACUAUCAGUCCCAGUACCUCUUUGUUGGCAAAAUUUAAAUAUAAACUACAAAACCACAUGAUUUAUGCUUUUUUAUUUAUUUGGUCUUUCAACUUGCUAUUCAGUAGCAACCGAAUCUUCUAUGCUGGUGCUUUUACUAACAUGAGUGAAACCAAACAGAUGAAGGUCACUAAAUUCUGCUCACUCUUCUCCAUGAAGUACAUCAUCAGGGCACUGAUUUUAACAGUGGCAACUUGCAGAGAUGUAUUUCUUGUAGGACUUAUGCUGGCUACUAGUGCAUACAUGGUGAUCAUCUUGCUCAGACAUCAGAGGCAAUGCAAGCAUCUUCACAGCCUCAGCCACCUGAGAGCAUCUCCCGAGAAAAGGGCCACCCAGACCAUCUUGCUGCUGGUGGUCUCCUUUGUGGUCAUGUACUGGAUAAAUUUCAUCAUCUCAUCCAUUUCAGUCCUGUUAUGGAUAUACAACCCAGUCAUCCUGAGUGUUCAGAAGAUUGUUAUGAAUGUCUAUCCCACAAUUACCCCUUUGGUACAAAUCAGUUCUGAUAACAGAAUAAUCAAUAUGCUGAAACACAUGCAGUCUAUGUGCCAUCAGAUUUUUAAAAAGAGAUAA